AGCCAGGGCGCUGCCGACGCGCGCGCCCGACGAGAUAGGGCUGGACCCGCAGGGGCGCGCGCAGAACCACGCUCGCCAGAGCCCGGCCCCGCCCUACGGGGUCUACAGCGGGGUGUGCUGAUCCCUCCGUUAAUGACCUGUACCUGGGCCGCCUCUGACCCGGGAGGGGCGCAGUGGGAGGAGCGCAGGGGCAAGGGCAGGGGCCUCUGGGUGAGCGAGCUGUGGGCUUGCGGCGGGUUAGUGACCGGCGCGCCGGGCCAUCGCCUCUGCCGCGUUGCCGGGGAGGACUAGAAAGUCCGGGAAAUUUCAGAAGACAUUUUCAAAGCUAAUUAUGAAAACAUUUGUCAUUGGGAUUGGCGGGUGAGUAAUUUUGCCACACACAGCUGGUCAAGACACUCAGGGUGCCCAAAGGGUGUUUUCAUGUGGACGUGAUGGGGGAAGGAGAAGCAGUGAGGAUUCCCGAGUCCUGCAGAACAGGCCAGUAUCAAAUGCAAGGCCUGGUCAGAUGCUAUUUUGGUUCAGGAUGGUUUCAUUCUCCAGAUGGCUGCUCCCUCAGUGUGACGUUGGAGAGGAGCUAUCAUUUCUUUUCUGUUACGCCCAGCUUUGGACAUAUGGAGUAUGGAACCACCUCACUUGGCUGGUGUGGUCAGCUGAAAUGGACCUCCCCCUGUCCCCAAAGUGGAAAGAGAUCAGGGGGAAAGGAGACAUUGCAGAGGGAGAGUGUGACAAAUGGUGGGAAGACAACACUGGCUAAAAAUUUGCAAAAACAUCUCCCAAACUGCAGUGUCAUAUCUCAGGAUGAUUUCUUUAAGCCACCGUCUGAGAUAGAGACAGAUAAAAAUGGAUUUCUGCAGUACGACGUGCUUGAAGCGCUUAACAUGGAAAAAAUGAUGUCCACCAUUUCUUGCUGGAUGCAAAGCCCGAGACACUCUCCGGUAUCAACAGAGAGAAACACUGAGGACGUUCCCAUAUUAAUCAUCGAAGGUUUCCUUCUCUUUAAUUAUAAGCCCCUUGAGACUAUAUGGAAUAGAAGAUACUUUGUGACCAUUCCAUAUGAAGAAUGUAAGAGGAGGAGGAGCAUGAGGGUCUAUGAGCCUCCAGACUCCCCAGGGUACUUUGAUGGCCACGUGUGGCCCAUGUAUCUAAAGCACAGACGAGAAAUAGAGGACAUUGAGUGGGAAAUUGUUUACCUGGAUGGAACAAAAUCUAAAGAGGACCUCCUUUCACAAGUGUAUGAAGAUCUAAGACAAGAACUGGCAAAGCAAAAAUUGUCCUGCAAAGCCAGCCUGGAGGGAUCCUCAGCAUAGCCUGCUGUAACCCUCAGUUCAGGAAGGAGCUAGUGGGGAGGACUUUCAAAUGUUUCAUUUGAAUAAUCUUUUUUUUUUUUCAUUUGACUAAUCUUUAAGUUUCUCAUAACAUCUCAUAAACCUGCUCAACUAAUUUUCCACUCUAAGCACGUAAAAUCAUAAUUGUGAUAAAGUCAUAAUAAUUAAUGGGAAACAACAAAGACUGAAUUUGAUUAAUAAGAAACACUAAAUGACCGAGGAGAAUAAGGAUAUGAAGUUAUAUAUUUCAUUCCAUCCUUCUUAAAUCCAGACUUUGAAGCGAAAUUGAAUGAUUACCUAUUCUCACUAUAACAAGGCAGUCUAGUCACCAGCAUCAUUCAAACCUCCUUUAAGAAUGUUAUAACACAAGUUUUAAUGUAAAAGUAAAAGGAGAAAAAAUAAUCACCUAUGUGUCCACCAGUCAGCAAUGUUAACAUCUUAAUGAGUACACAUCCAAUGAUUUUGCUGUUCACAUUCAUCUGUCUUUCAUAUGGUUACAUGAUUUUACAUGGUUCAUUGUGAUGCUUGUUUCUUUUUAAAAUUAAUAUCUAAUAUUUAAGAAGCUUUAUAGAGUCCAUUAUAUAAUGAAACUGAAUAAAACGAAAUAGCUCUCCCAGUUGAAGAACUGAAGUCUGAGUUCUGUUUUGCUCAUUGAAAGUGAAUUAUAAGACAACAUAGACAUCUUAGUGCAGAAGAUGUCACAUGUCUAGUUUCAAAUCAUAGAAAUAAGAAAUUGCAAACUAAAAAUAUAAUCAAAUGUUUACAUUUUUCUUUUUGGCAUUUUUCUACAUUGGAUUUAAAAUAUAAUUUCUAAUUAUAAAGAGUAGCAUAAUAAUUCAAGUUGAUGUAAGAUUGAGUCAUUUCCCAAUUGUUGGAUAUUUAAUAUUGUACCAGUGUUUCAUAUUGGCAAAUAACAUGCUAUAAAAGAUAUCUAUGAAGAUUGCUGGUUUUCUUCUUUAGUUACAUUAAAAUUUUACAGAAUA